AUGCAACCUUGUUUUGCGAGCUCUCCGAGACGGAUGCUUGCACUUUGGGUUUGUGUAACCCUCUCAUGGGCUAAGCCCAUUCUACGAGAGCUCUCAGAGGUGCCGGUGUGGAAGGCGCUGGCCAAAUGCCACCAGCAACGCACCAGUCGCUACUUACAAGGUGACAAUGCCACGGUCAACUGUGACGUCUCCAUUCCAGCGGAUGUGGCUGAGAAGUGGUCGGCUUACGGAAGUCUCUUGGAGGCGUCGGAUCUUGGACUGGAGGCCUUGCAAGAGGUGCAACGGCAAUAUGAGGCGAUCCAAAGCGUCAUCGAGAAUCAUUUGCCGAGCUACGAGGCGCUUACACAGAUGUAUCUUCUCCGCUGGAUGAGCACUUUGACGGAUGAAAUCGCCGUGCAGGCCAAGUUCAAGAACUUUGGUAUCAACCGCAGCUACUACAAGUCAGAACUGAAGGACAACACGAGGUUGUGGGCGGAGGACUACCAGCUUGUCAUCAAAGGAAGCAUUCAUAGUGGGCUUCCGCAGUUGACGAAGACGUGCUCUUUACACUACAUGAAUUUGUUGAAGCAGAGCUGGGACGUUUUCUACCUCACCGUGCGCAAGGUCAUCUCUGCAGACACCAGUAUCUCCACCAUGAUGCUGAGCUCGACGGAUGAAAUACAAGAAGCCAUCAGCAACACCAUCAACUCUUUGGAUCCCAGCUACAGCUGCGACAUGAAGAAACACAUCAGCUCUCAUCAAUUCCUUCAAGGCUUGAAAAACUUGAACUACGUCAGGAAACGGGUCCACAUGGCGGCCUUCCAUUUCUUUGAGAUCAAGCUGCUUCGGAACGGAGAAUUGACUGAGAAGAUCUUGGCAAAGAAGGCAGAACUCGAGGAGAAGGUUGCACAUGAACUCUCAGACGCCUCUACUUCCUUUUUGCAAAGCAUUGAGGGCUCUGUGGACAUUCCAGUGGCCCCCUCCGAGGAGAUCCUUUUAAGGCUCCUUACGGUGCAAACUGAUGUGAUCUCGUUGGUGGAAUACAUCAAGCACGGGAUUGAUAUCCAAUCCUUUUCGCUCACAGUGCUUGAGACGGUGGAGCAUUUGAGCAACGCCAUUGACAAGGACAUAGACAAGAUUGCUUCGGACUACCUGCACGUCGCGAUUGAUGGCAAGGGUGCGACUGGAAUUGAAGACACCUAUUUCGCAGAUAGGCAAGGUGUGUACUUGUAUGAGAUGAUCAGGGAGGCCUUGUGGCUGGCUCUGCAGGAUACCUCGCACAACAUGACGGAUAAGUUCUACUACUAUGUGGAGAACUUUGAGCAGCACCAUUGGCUGCUUCUUGAAGGCGGAUGGGAGAAGGAGUUCAAUGUGACAUUGUCUUCAACCACGGAUGCGUGCAUCCUCACAGAGAUGGCUUUCGUGCUUGAAUACUUCCAACAUUAUCGAAAGACGAUGAUCCAACUUUUCACCUAUGAGGAUUUCCAGCGCUUGCAGAACGGCUACGUGGAGUCCGAGGCGAUCAGCUCCACCUUGCUCGAGGCCAUGAAGGCCUUUCAAGCCGCCUGGACCGACUACCGACCCACCGACGCGCUACGGAAGCAAGCCUUACUGAUUGCCUACCACUUCUCGAACCCCAAUGCAGCUGGAGCCAAGGACUUGCUGGAGCGUGCAGGUGGUGCAGAAGAAUAUCAUGCCGUUCAUGGGAAGUACCACAAGCACUUCCGCGACAUCUUGUACCAUCGGUCCUAUCGGGGCAGUUGCGUAGACGCCUUGAACUUCCCACAGACGACAGCUAUGGCGAACAGCGAGGUCCAAGAACUGCGGAGGGAGUACAGCGCCGCGCUCGCGCGGCUGUCGCCGUAG